AUGUUGGCUGGAUCUCUUUCAAGGUUGACGAGUCUUGGCUCCAGAAGGUUUUUCGGAGUAUCUUCUAUAGCAAGGCAAUCUUUGUUUGGUGAGGUGACCAGCUUGGAACAUCCGAAGGAAACCUUGGAACCACCAAAAAACGAAAACGACGCUAGCAAAACCGUUGCCCCAACAGAUGGUAAGGCUGAUUUGAGGGGAAAUGCUAUCCAGUAUAUUGACCCAUCAAAAGAUGAGAAGCUGCAAGAAUUUUUGAAAUCGAAGCCAAUUCGAAGCGUGGAUGAACUGUUAUCACCCUUAAAACGUGAAUUAUAUCUGGCCAAUGUUAAACAGAAUGGUUUUUUCAAGAACAGGCAACAAAUUGAACUGAAUGGCAGUACAUACAUGGUGAAAUUGACACCCGAAGAGGUUAAGGCGUUAGAACCCAGUGUUUAUUUAGAGUCUUACAGAAUAAAAUCGACUCCCAAAAAGGCUAACAUUGUGCUCCGUGCUCUUAAAGGACUUAGAUUAAAAGAAGCCAUUACCCAGCUUCAUUUCAUGCGUAAGAAGAUUGCCACAGAUCUUUAUAUUUUACUAGAAAGAGGUUUAAAAGAUGCUGAAACUUUAGGAUAUAACCCAGAAGAACUGUACAUCUCUGAGGCCUGGGUAGGCUCAGAUUCACAUAAGUCGAAGAGAGUGGAAUGUAAAGGAAGGGGUAGAACUGGUAUUAUUACCCAUCGUCAUGUCAACGUCAAAUUCGUGCUACGUUCUGACCAAACGUUGCGUAGAAUUACAUGGGAAAAAUCCCAACAGCCAAAGAACAACAAAAUUCCAGGGUCCGUGAUUGAUCAGAAGAUCAGAUCAAAACCUUCUGGAUUCUACAAAUGGUAA